AUGCUGGUGGGCUUCGGCGGCUUCUCGAUAAUCCUAGCUCUGGUCCACAACGCCAUCCGGAAGCAUGUCUUUCACGAUGAGCACAACCUGGAUACCACCUUUGACGCUGGCGGAAACGUCAGCAUGUCUCUCACGGCGGUCACCGUGGCCUCUCAGCUGUUUUGGCCAGGAGAUAUUCUGCACAGUGCCACCUUGACUACAAAGAAUGGAAUUGCCGGACCAUUUUGGUAUGCAGUUGGCAUCAUGUUCAACAUCUUUGUCUUCCCCAUACUCUCGGUUCAGUUUAAAACGAAAGCUCCGGGAGCCAAGACCUAUUUACAGAUAAUCAAAGCGCGGUUCGGCAAGAGAGCCCACACAGUCUUCUGCUUCUUUGCGAUCGUCACCAACCUUGUCAUCACAAUUGGAGUUCUUCUGGCCGGUAAAGCCACCAUCCAGUCUUUGACAAAAGAUGCUUCUGACGAAUUCGCAGUGCUCAUCAUGGCGGCCCUGUUUGGCUCCUAUUCGCUGAUUGGUGGACUGGGAACUACUUUCUAUGUGUCGUAUUUCAACGCUUGUCUUGUGUUCAUACUCUUCAUAGUCUUCGUGGUGAAGAUCUUACAUAACAAAGAUUCCGAAUUCGCCACCAUUGGAGACACAGAAAAGAUGUUUAAUUCGAUCAGUUGUAUCCAUGGGCCGGAUGAUAACUUCAAUAACAGUUAUUUGACGUUCCGGUCAUGGGGUGCUUUCAUGUUCGGCAUUAUCGAGAUCUUUGUGUCGUCUGCUGUCACUUACUGCGACCAGGCAUCUUGGCAGAGUCGCAUUGCCGCCAAACCAGUUCAGGGUGUGUGGGGCUUCAUUCUAGCCGGGUUCAUCUGGUUCUCCAUACCUAACGUCAUGGCGACAACCACUGGGAUGGCUUACCUGGCCAUCAGUUCGGACAACGGCUCUCAUUUCUUGGACAAUAGUCAGAUCUAUGAAGGCUUGGUAACGCCUCUGAUAGCAGAGAAGGUUCUGGGUUCAGCUGGAGGGAUCCUGAUUCUGACUAUGGGAGCCAUGGCUCUAAUGUCCACUGGCUCUGGCGAAGUCAUGGGGUUGUCCUCUGUCAUUGUGUAUGACAUUUAUCAGACCUACUUCAGACCUUUCAGAGACAACCUGGAGCCGCAUCACUGUGUUCUGUGUGGCAGAACCAGGAAAGGGCUGGAGAAGUCGAAACCAAACUGCCACUUGGACAGGAGCGAGCUGUGUUGUUGUGAGGACUCUACCAAGUGCACCCAGUGUGCGGAUGAUCAGCCGUACGCUUGCCAGACUCACGGCAGAUUUCG